AUGUUUAGAAGGUAUUUUGCAAGUGCUGUAAAGCAAGCACCAAAGAUGGAUGUUGCAGACAUUGUAAUUAUUGGAGGUGGCCCAGCGGGAUUGAGUUUAGCAUCUGCUAUUAAAUCCUCUCCGAUUUUGAACGAUCUUAAGUGCACCUUAGUUGAAGGUGGGAAAUUGGCAGUUAGCUUAGAAAAGUUUUACCAAGACCCUCCGGAGUUUAUUGACAAGAGAGUAGUCAGUAUUACUCCUGCCACCAUGGAUUAUUUUAAAAAAAUUGGGAGUUGGGAGUACGUUAAGGAGGAAAGAAUUGAAACUUAUGAUAACAUACAUACGUAUGAUGGUGUUUCAGGAGCUAAAAUGGAGUUUGAUGCUCCUGAAAUUGCAACUAUGAUUGAAAAUGUCAAUAUUCAAUCCAUGCUUUUCCAAAGAAUUAAGCAGCUAAACGAGGAAACACCUGAUAAUCAACUGCAGCUUCUAGAUGAAACAAAAGUUGUUGAUAUCAAAGAAGAUCCAAACAAUGAAUGGCCUAUACUGAAUUUGAGCAACGGCAAUACGAUCAAAACUAGACUCCUUAUUGGCUGUGAUGGCUAUAAUUCUCCUGUUAGACAUUAUGCUAAAAUCGAAUCUAGAGGAUGGUCAUAUAAUAGAUGGGGUAAUGUUGCUACCUGUAAGUAUAAGGACAGCGAGUUUAGACUUUCCACUGGAUGGCAAAGAUUUUUACCAACAGGAACAUUGGCAUUUUUGCCGUUACCUAACAACUGGUGUAGUUUAGUUUGGGCUGUUCCUCCUGAAAUUAGUUCUAUUUUGGGGAAGUUAAAUGACGAAGAGUUUACUUUGAUGCUCAAUGCUGCUGCUAGACUUACACCAGAAGAAUUGAAUUACUUGUACAAGGUUGCCGAUGAUGAACAAGAAAAGUUAGUUGAAGAAGUAAAGUGGAGGUUGGAUUUGUUUAAAAAGAAAACCACCCCGGAACAACUCCAAGAUUUCCCGUUGGAAAUUGACUAUAUUGUUGCAGGAAGUAGGGCAAAGUUUCCGCUAAAACUAUCGCAUGCAGAUUCGUAUGUUGAAGAACGUGUUGCUUUAGUCGGAGAUGCCGCACACACUACGAACCCAUUGGCCGGUCAAGGAUUGAACAUGGGCCAAGCAGACGUGAAAUGUUUAGUUGAAACCCUAGAAAAGGCACGCAUGAGAGGUUUAGAUAUUGGUACCAAGAUAGCCAUCGAACCGUAUUGGUCCGAGAGAUUCUUGGCAAACCAUGUAAUGCUGGGAGUUGUUGACAAGAUUCACAAAAUCUAUUCGACAGAGUUCACUCCUAUUGUAUGGGCCAGAACUGUUGGUGUUAAUGUCCUUAACUCAUUGCCCUUUGUGAAGGACUUUAUGGUUGAUCAAAUCAGCCAUUAUAAUGGACAUGGAAAGAAAUGA